GAUAUAUUGUAUUGUAUGGUUUGGUGGGACGUAAAUACACAGUUGGUGAGUCCGGAUCCUGAGGUGGUGGCGACAAAACUACUGGCUCGGCGAAGCUACAAGGACACGGGCAAGCAGUUCAACUUGAUCGCAGCAUCCUGGAUACAAUUCAUGGUGCAUGACUGGAUCGACCACCUCGAGGAUACUCACCAGGUGGAAAUUGUAGCUCCGUCGGAAGUUGCGAGUGCAUGCCCGCUCAGUUCUUUCAAAUUUUACAAAACAAAAGAGAUCCCUACACACGCAGAGGGAAUUAAGACCGGCCACGUGAACAUUAGGACACAUUGGUGGGAUGGGAGUGCACUUUAUGGUAGCGGAAAGAAUGAAGCCAAAGUAAGGGCACUGGUUGAUGGGAAACUAAAGAUUGGUGACGAUAACCUUCUUCGGCAUGAUGCUGAUGGAAUAGCAAUAUCCGGCGAUAUCCGCAAUAGCUGGGCAGGGGUGUCAACCAUGCAGGCACUCUUCAUUAAGGAACAUAACGCCAUUUGCGAUGCAUUGAAGUCAGAGUAUCCUAAACUAGAUGAUGAAGAACUAUUCAACCAUGCAAGAUUAGUGACGUCCGCCGUGAUCGCAAAGAUUCACACUAUUGAUUGGACUGUAGAGCUCCUCAAAACUCCCACAAUGGAUGCAGCAAUGCAUGCAAAUUGGUAUGGAUUGCUCGGAAAAAAGAUCAAGGACACGUUCGGGCACAUAGGGGGGCCUAUCCUCGGAGGGCUUGUUGGAUUAUCUAAACCAAUCAAUCACGGAGUUCCUUACUCAUUGACUGAAGAGUUCACUAGUGUUUACAGAAUGCACUCGCUCAUCCCCGACAGCCUUAAACUCAGAGACACCGACGCCGAUCCCGGACCAAACAAAUCUCCGCCAUAUGCGAAAGACAUCAAGAUGGAAGAGCUAGUCGGGAUAAGGGGGGAGCAAGUUCUGUCGAAGAUCGGAUUUGAGAGGCAGCUUGUCUCCAUGGGCCAUCAAGCAUGUGGUGCUCUUGAGCUUUGGAACUACCCUUUGUUCUUUAGAGAGCUCAUUGCACAGAAUGUUGACGGAACCGAACGGCCUGAUCAUGUCGACAUGCCUGCUCUCGAAAUUUAUCGAGAUAGGGAAAGGAACGUUCCGAGGUACAACGAAUUCCGACGUAGGCUUCUGAUGAUUCCUAUCUCCAAAUGGGAGGAUUUGACCGAUGAUCGAGAAGCAAUAACAGCUCUACAACAAGUAUACGGAGAAAACAUUGAGAAGUUGGAUCUUCUCGUGGGCCUUAUGGCUGAGAAGAAGAUAAAGGGCUUCGCGAUAAGUGAAACUGCUUUCUUCAUUUUUACUAUAAUGGCAACGAGGAGGUUAGAAGCAGAUCGGUUCUUCACGAGCUACUUCAAUGAGGACGCGUACACGAAGACGGGCCUCGAGUGGGUAAAUAGCACGGAGAGCCUUCGAGAUGUUAUCCAUCGCCAUUACCCGAACAUCACUAGCAAGUGGAUGAACUCCACCAGCGCAUUUACUGUGUGGGAUGCUCCACCGAAUUCCUUCAAUCCCGUCCCGCUGCUUCUUCGGUUUCCUCCUGGUUAAGAGAACAGCUGUGCUACAUAUGACCACUUGUUUUCGUACAUAUAUUUUUCGUCGAUUAAUAAGCUUUGCAAGUUUGAUUGUCUGCAGAAAAUAAGAAGGGAACCACUGUUGUUAAUUAUGUAUGCACUAACUAUGAAAUAAACGAAGUCCAAUAUAUAGUUUGGGCUCGGAUAUUCUCUAACAUAUAUACUCGGUGAUUUAUUUAUGUUUAUGAA